UGGAUAAUGAGAGAUUAACAGCAGAGGAAAUGGAUGAAAGACGACGCCAGAAUGUAGCCUAUGAAUACCUUUGUCAUCUGGAGGAAGCAAAGAGAUGGAUGGAGGCCUGUCUGAAUGAGGAGCUGCCUCCUACAACAGAGUUAGAAGAAGGACUGAGAAAUGGAGUCUACCUGGCCAAACUUGGAAACUUCUUCUCCCCUAAAGUGGUUUCUGUGAAGAAAAUCUAUGAUAGGGAGCAGACUAGAUAUAAGGCAACUGGUCUCCACUUCCGGCACACAGAUAAUGUAAUACAGUGGCUGAAUGCCAUGGCUGAGAUUGGUCUCCCCAAGAUAUUCUACCCAGAAACUACAGAUAUCUAUGAUCGCAAGAACAUGCCACGCUGUAUCUAUUGUAUUCACGCGCUCAGCCUAUACCUGUUCAAAUUGGGUCUUGCCCCCCAGAUUCAGGAUUUAUAUGGGAAGGUGGACUUCACAGAGGAAGAAAUCAGUAAUAUGAGACUUGAACUGGAGAAGUAUGGUAUUCAGAUGCCUGCCUUCAGCAAGAUCGGAGGAAUUCUUGCAAAUGAACUUUCUGUGGAUGAAGCAGCAUUACAUGCCGCUGUCAUUGCCAUUAAUGAAGCAAUUGACCAUCAGGUUCCAGCUGACACUCUUAUGGCAAUGAAGAACCCUAAUGCCAUGCUAAUAAAUCUUGAUGAUCAACUGGAAUCCACUUACCAAGACACACUCUACAGAGCAAAGCAAGACAAGAUGGAGAAUGCUAAAAACAGGACAGAAAAUUCAGAAAGAGAGAGAGAUGUGUAUGAAGAACUUCUGACUCAAGCUGAGAUUCAAGGAAACAUCAAUAAAGUAAACACACAUGCAGCCAUAUCAAAGAUUGACCUAGCACUGGAACGAGGAGAUGCACUAGCACUGUAUGAAGCUUUGGCAACGCCAGCCCUGGGACUCCGAGGAUUGCUACGAGAAAAUUGUGACUGGUAUUUCAAGCAGUUUUUGAGUGAUAGACAACAGAAACAAGAGACUGGGGUUACGGGUCCUCUGCAGAAGGAAGAGUUGCAGUUGGGAGUGGAUGCUGCUAACAGGGCAGCACAACAGUAUCAGCAAAGGCUGGCAGCAGUAGCUAGAAUUAAUUCUGCAAUUCGAAUGGGUGAUGCUGAGAAGACUGUGGCAGAAAUUAUGAAUCCAGAGGCCCAGUUACCAGAGGUUUAUGCAUUUGCUGCAGAUCUUUACCAAAGGGAGCUGGCCACUUUGCAGCAACAGAGUCCUGAAGGUAACCUCACCCACCCAGAAUUAUCUGUUGCUGUAGAGAUGCUGUCUUCUGUGGCCCUGAUUAAUAGGGCUUUGGAUUCAGGGGAUGUGAAUACAGUGUGGAAACAACUGAGCAGUCCUGUCACAGGGCUUACGAAUGUUGAAGAUGAGAACUCUCAGAGAUAUAUCGAUGAAUUGAUGAAGCUGAAAACUCAAUCACGUGCAGAAGGAAAUGAAUUUAUCACCUGGAAUGAUAUCCAGUCAUGUCUUGAUCAUGUGAACAUAGUUGUGCAUGAAGAACAUGAAAGGAUUCUGGCAAUUGGUCUUAUCAAUGAAGCUCUGGAUGAAGGGGACACUAAAAAGACUAUACGAGCCUUGCAAAUUCCUGCAGCAAAAUUGGAGGGUGUAGCCCCAAAGGUAGCACAGCAUUACCAGGACACACUACUACGAGCCAAGAGAGAGAAAGCACAGGACACACAGGAUGAAACAGCUGUACUUUGGCUAGAUGAAAUUCAGGAUGGGAUUCACAGGGCUAACAAGGACACAGAGGAGUCCGAGAGAUUCUCCUUAGGAAUUUUGGCCAUUAAUGAAGCAGUAGACCAUGGUGAUGUUAGCCAGACCCUGAGUGCCUUGCGUUCACCAGAUGUUGGGCUAUAUGGAGUCACUCCAGAAUGUGCUGAGGCCUACCAGCGAGAGCUGUCAGAAGUCAAGAGAAGAAAAAUAGCAGCAGGGGGCAAUGACAGUGAAUGGGUGAAACACUGGGUGAGAGGAGGAUAUCAUUAUUAUCAUAACCUGCGGACCAGAGAGGGAGGAUGGGAUGAACCAGUGGAAUUUGUGCAAAAUGACACACAGCUGUCACGAGAGGAUAUACAGAGCACCAUAUCUGGAGUCACUGCAGCAUACAACCGAGAGCAGUUGUGGCUGGCCAAUGAGAACCUGAUUACAAAACUUCAGGCUUGCUGUCGAGGUUAUCUUGUUCGCCAGGAAUUCAACUCAAGAAUGAAUUUUUUGAAGAAACAAGUCCCAGCCAUCACUUGUAUUCAGUCCCAGUGGCGUGGCUACAAGCAGAGGAAAGCAUACCAAAUCCGUUUGGAUUACCUGCGAGCACAAAAGGACCAAGUAGUGAAGAUUCAAUCAAUGACCAGGAUGUAUCAAGCCAGAAGACGUUACAGAGAUCGUCUGCAGUAUUUCAGAAACCAUAUAAAUGAUGUUGUAAAAAUUCAAGCCUUUAUCCGAGCAAACAAAGCGCGAGAAGACUACAAAACACUCAUUAAUGCUGAAAACCCACCUAUGGCUGUGGUUCGGAAAUUUGUCCACUUGCUCGAUCAGAGUGACCAAGAUUUUCAGGAGGAGCUUGAGCUAAUGAGACUACGUGAGGAAGUUGUAACCUUGAUCCGAUCCAAUCAGCAACUGGAAAAUGACCUCAAUCUCAUGGACAUCAAAAUUGGGCUACUAGUGAAAAACAAAAUUACAUUGCAGGAUGUUGUUUCUCAUAGCAAAAAACUUACCAAGAAGAACAAGGAACAGCUCUCUGACAUGAUGAUGCUGAACAAACAAAGGGGAGGUUUGAAAGCUUUGAGCAAAGAAAAGAGAGAAAAGCUGGAAGCCUAUCAACAUCUCUUCUACUUGCUUCAGACUAACCCAACCUAUUUGGCCAAGCUGAUUUUUCAGAUGCCUCAAAACAAAUCCACAAAGUUCAUGGAUUCCGUCAUCUUCACGCUGUAUAACUAUGCGUCCAAUCAAAGAGAGGAAUACUUGUUGUUACGGCUUUUCCAAACAGCAUUGCAGGAAGAGAUCAAAUCAAAAGUAGACCAAAUACAGGAAAUUGUGACUGGAAAUCCUACUGUUAUUAAAAUGGUGGUAAGUUUCAACCGUGGUGCUCGCGGUCAGAAUGCCCUGAGGCAGAUCCUGGCGCCAGUUGUGAAGGAAAUCAUCGACGACAGAUCACUCAAUAUCAAAACUGAUCCGGUGGAUAUUUACAAGUCUUGGGUUAACCAGAUGGAGUCUCAGACUGGUGAGGCCAGCAAACUACCGUACGAUGUUACACCUGAACAAGCUCUAAAUCACGAAGAGGUGAGGACACGCCUGGAUGCCUCAAUCAGAAACAUGAGGACAGUGACAGACAAAUUCCUAUCUGCCAUUGUUAGCUCAGUGGACAAAAUCCCUUAUGGAAUGCGUUUCAUUGCCAAGGUACUGAAAGACUCCCUGCAUGAGAAGUUUCCUGAUGCUGGAGAGGAUGAGCUUCUGAAGAUCGUUGGCAACUUACUCUAUUAUCGCUACAUGAAUCCAGCCAUUGUUGCACCAGAUGCGUUUGACAUCAUUGAUCUUUCAGCUGGAGGUCAGCUGACCACGGAUCAACGCAGAAACCUCGGUUCCAUUGCAAAGAUGUUGCAGCAUGCUGCAUCCAAUAAAAUGUUCAUGGGAGACAAUGCUCACCUAAGCAUCAUUAAUGAAUACCUAUCGCAGUCGUACCAGAAAUUCAGACGUUUUUUUCAGGCUGCCUGUGAGGUUCCUGAAUUGCAGGAUAAAUUUAAUAUUGAUGAAUAUUCUGACUUAGUGACUCUCACUAAACCAGUUAUUUAUAUUUCUAUUGGUGAAAUCAUCAAUACACACACUUUGCUCUUAGACCAUCAAGAUGCAAUUGCUCCUGAGCACAAUGAUCCAAUUCAUGAGCUGCUGGAUGAUCUCGGAGAGGUUCCUACAAUUGAGUCCUUAAUAGGAGAAGGGUCUGGCAAUGUUAAUGACCCCAACAGGGAAAUGCUAGCAAAGACUGAGGUUUCUCUCACACUCACUAAUAAGUUUGACGUUCCUGGUGAUGAGAAUGCAGAGAUGGAUGCAAGGACGAUUCUUUUGAACACAAAACGUUUAAUUGUUGACGUAAUCCGCUUCCAACCAGGGGAGACGCUGACUGAAAUCUUGGAAACUCCAGCUACCUCAGAGCAAGAAGCAGAGCAUCAAAGAGCUAUGCAAAAACGGGCCAUUCGUGAUGCUAAAACUCCUGAUAAGAUGAAAAAAUCUGUGUCUGUAAAGGAAGAUGGCAACUUAAAUCUUCAAGAAAAAAAAGAUAAAAUCAAAACAGGUCUGAAGAAGCUGACAGAACUGGGGACAGUGAAUGCAAAAAAUAAAUACCAGGAACUAAUCAAUGACAUCGCAAAGGAUAUCCGAAAUCAGCGUAGAUACCGUCAGAGGAGAAAGGCGGAGCUGGUGAAGCUGCAGCAGACAUACAGUGCCUUGAACUCCAAAGCUACUUUUUAUGGGGAACAAGUGGAUUAUUACAAAAGCUACAUCAAAACCUGCUUGGAUAACCUGGCCAGCAAGGGCAAAGUCUCUAAGAAACCUCGGGAGAUGAAAGGCAAAAACACUAAAAAGAUUUCUCUAAAAUAUACAGCAGCUCGACUUCAUGAGAAGGGAGUGCUUUUAGAGAUUGAGGACCUGCAAGGUAACCAGUUUAAAAACGUGAUAUUUGAAAUCAGUCCAACAGAAGAAGUAGGAGAUUUUGAGGUAAAAGCAAAAUUCAUGGGAGUACAGAUGGAAACCUUUAUGUUACAUUAUCAGGAUCUUUUGCAGCUGCAGUAUGAAGGUGUUGCAGUCAUGAAGUUGUUUGACAGAGCAAAAGUGAAUGUCAACCUUCUGAUCUUUCUUCUGAAUAAGAAAUUUUAUGGGAAGUAACUGACCUCUGCCAGCAAGUCU